AUGCUUCCUGGGUUCCAUCCUGACCCAAGCUGCAUCUUUGUAAAGGAGUGGGAUGAGACCUUUUUCUGCGCUUCAUCUAGCUUCAAUGCAUUUCCUGGCAUCCCGAUCCAUGCAAGCAAAGAUUUGCAGAACUGGAAGCUAAUUGGACAUGUACUCAAUCGACGAGAGCAACUUCCCAGGCUCGCAGAAACGAAUCGAUCCACCAGUGGCAUAUGGGCGCCAGCUCUGCGCUAUCACAAAAAGACUUUCUAUCUCGUCACCACCCUCGUCGAUGACCAUCUUCCUCAAAACGAUCCCGACAGAUGGGACAAUAUUAUCUUCAGGGGGAAAGACCCAUACAAACCCUCCUCUUGGUCCGUUGCAACACACUUCAAGUUCCAAGGCUAUGACCCAUCGCCCUUCUGGGAUACCGACGGCCAGUCAUACAUCAAUGCUGCAUUUGCGUGGCAGGUUAGCCCCGGUAUUUAUCAAGCGAAAGUCGAUCUUGAAACAGGCGAGGUGCUUUCGGACUGGAAGCUCAUCUGGAAAGGCACGGGAGGCAUGGCUCCUGAAGGCCCCCACAUCUAUCGAAAGGACGGGUACUACUACCUUAUGGCCGCAGAAGGUGGUACCGGACUCGGACAUAUGGAGACGAUCGCUCGCUCGAAGAGUCUGAGUGGCCCCUUUGAAUCGAACCCCGCCAACCCCAUCCUUACAAACGCUAACACCAGUAGCUUGUUCCAGACCGUGGGUCAUGCCGACCUGUUCCAAGAUGGAGGCGGUAACUGGUGGGGCGUUGCACUCUCUACACGCAGUGGUCCAGACUAUUUGUACUACCCUAUGGGCCGGGAAACCGUGCUUGCUCCAGUUACUUGGAAGAAAGGAGAGUGGCCUUACUUCACCCAAAUCAGUGGGCAAAUAAGCGGAUGGAAGCUUCCUCGCCCCAACAGGAACAUCAAAGGCGUAGGGCCAUUCACGGGGGAGGGUGAUGACAUUGACUUCGUUCCAGGGUCUCAAUUGCCAGCUCACUUCACUCAUUGGCGUUUCCCUAUCCCUGAUUCGUACGCUGUCUCUCCUCGCGGUCAUCCGAACACUCUUCGCAUCAAAUCAUCGCGACUCAACCUCACAGCUCUUAAUGGAAACUAUGCUGGACCCGAAGGCCAAUCCUUCGUCUCUCGUCGACAACAGCAUACUUUCUUUACCUACAGAGUCGAUCUAGACUUUAAGCCUACGAUUCUUGAAGAAGAGGCCGGCAUUACGACUUUCCUUACGCAGAACCACCAGUUCCACAUGGGCAUAGUUGGCCUAGCCAACGAGAACGGAAAGGUUGUUCCGCAUAUCCGAUUCCGCGGAGAGUCCUAUGUCCCUGUACCAGACCCAGUCGUCCUCCCUGUCCCAGAUGCGUGGAAAGGGAAGACUUUAACACUAGAAGUUAAAGCGUCCAACGUCUCCCAUUAUUCGUUCGCUGUUGGACCUGCUGGAUCUCGCGAAUUGCAGACAAUCGUCGUUGCUUCAAAUGACCCUGUCAGCUGGGGCUUUACUGGCGUGCUGCUCGGGGUAUACUGCACCACGAAUGGAGGUGCAGGCAAAGCAGAGGCGUAUUUCUCCAAGUGGAAAUAUAUUCCUCAGGGCCAAUUGAGAGAGUGA